AUGUCAAGUGUGGACUUCGAGAUCAUCCGAAAGAAGACUUUUGUAUAUAACCUUUUUGGUGUGAACAUCUCCCACUCCAAAGCGCCAACUUUGCACAACUUCAUCUUCGAGAAGCUAGGCUUAGAUGGAUAUCAUUAUCAAAUCAUGGACUCCACAGAUGUGGACGGGUUCUUGAAACUCCUACGCAUGAAUGACGGAGCAUCUUCCGAGGCAGAUCUCCUCUUCAAUGGUGCUGUUGUCACGAUGCCAUAUAAGGUGAAGAUGACUGAGCAUGUGGACCAUGUCGAUGAGGGUGCUCAAGCUGUUGGCGCAAUUAACACUAUCUAUGUCAGGUUCGAUGAGUCUGGAAAGCCUUUGAAUAUUGGAACCAACACUGAUACAUAUGGUAUCCGUGAUGCAUUUUUGCUUAAUGCUCCAGAGUUUGUCGAGAAGUGUCGCAACACAAAUAAAGUUGGACUUGUAUAUGGAGGUGGCGGUGCUUCCAGAUCGGCAGUCUUUGCAUUGUACAAGUUCUUGGGUUGUGAGAAAGUUUAUGUCAUUAACCGUUUUGCUCACGAGAUAGAUGCUCUCAUCACCUCGAUGAAAGAAAACGGGUUUGAGGGCGAAAUAAUUCCUCUCCUCAAUCCGGACCAAGCCAAGGGCAUUGAAAGACCUGAUCUCGUGGUAUUGACGGUACCUGAUUUCGAGCCCACCUCAGAAGAGGAGAUUUUAGCCAAACAAACCCUUGAUGUAGUCAUCAAACAAGAAAAAUCUGGUGCAGUUCUUGAAAUGUGUUAUCAUCCUAACGAAAUCACUCGUUUGUACCGUGAGUUUGAGUCGCAUAAUUGGAAGGUCAUCAGUGGUGUUGAGGCCAUGAUCUACCAAGGUCUUGUCCAGCAAACAUUAUGGAGUGGGUACUCGAUAGACGAAAUGCCUGUCAAAGAAGUCACAAAGCAUGUUUAUGCUACUCUCCAUGAUUGA